AUGGCAAUUAUUAAUGCUAUUCCAAUUGAUAAUGGUGUCGAAGGUGAACCUGAAAUUGAAUGUGGUUCAACAGCUAUUGCUGUUAAUUUUAAUACGCGUAAUACUUUUGAAGGACAUGUAUAUGCUAAAGGUAUGUAUAGUGAACAAGAUUGUCGUAAUGAUGAAGGUGGACGUCAAGUAGCCGGUAUAACAUUAUCAUUUGAUUCAUGUAAUGUUGCUCGUACACGAUCAUUAAAUCCACGUGGAAUAUUUGUUACUGCUGUUGUAGUAAUUACAUUUCAUCCACAAUUUAUAACAAAAGUUGAUCGAAUAUAUCGAUUACAAUGCUUUUAUAUGGAAGCUGAUAAGACAGUAAGUACAAAAAUUGAAGUUUCCGAAAUGACAACCGCUUUUGCUACUCAAUUGGUACCAAUGCCAGUUUGUCGUUAUGAGAUUUUGGAUGGUAGUCCAUCCGGACAACCAGUACAAUACGGUAUGAUCGGACAACCGGUAUAUCAUAAAUGGACAUGCGAUACGGAAACUGUUGAUACAUUUUGUGCAUUAGUUCAUUCCUGUUAUGUUGAUGAUGGUAAUGGUGAUAGCAUUAAUUUAAUCAAUGAAGAAGGAUGUGCUUUAGAUAAAUAUCUCAUGAAUAAUUUAGAAUAUCCAACUGAUCUAAUGGCUGGACAAGAAGCGCAUGUUUAUAAAUAUGCUGAUCGUUCACAACUCUUUUAUCAAUGUCAAAUAACAAUACAAAUAAAAGAGCCAAAUGGUGAAUGUAUUCGACCACAAUGCUCUGAACCACAAGGUUUUGGUGCUACUCAGCGACAAGCUGUAGAACGAUCAUCUAGGAAACAACGUGACAUAAGCGCCUGGUAUGAUCCAAUUAAUACAAUGGAUGUAAGAACUGAAAUAAGCGCUCUAGAAAUUAUGGAUGAAAAUGAUGGCAAUAUACCUCUGCUUAAUCUGAAACAAAAUCAUAAUGAAUUAAUGGAUUUAUCACCGAUACAUAUUGCAUUUAAUCCAACAGGUUUAUGCUUAUCAAAUGGCACAUUCGUUGCGGUAAUUGCUAUGUGUGGAACAUUAUUAUGUACUAUUUUCAUCAUUAUUAUUUUCUUUUUCCGAUCAAAACAAUCAAAAUUAUAA